AAAACGUGAACAGUUCGCUUCAGGCACAGCUCGCCUACACAUCGAGAGAAUUGUAUUGCGGCAUCGUAGUUCGACGACAGCUGCGUUUCCUGCAAGGUCACUAUGGAUCAAGAACAACUAGUCGCACACAUAAGUGCAGAAUUUUCUCCAGACCAGUAUCCAGCUCAUUCCGAGAAAAUCUGGCCACUGCUGAGACCUAUCCUCCAGGAAAUGCACUCCGUGUUCACUUCAGACCUCGUGAAAGGCGGCGUGCUGCUGGAAGUUGGCUGCGGUCCCUGUAUGUAUACGGCGAUGGCAGCUUCAGUGGCAUUCCAGCACAUCGUCAUGGCCGACUUGGUGCCUGCCAACAUUCUUGAGGUGCGCAAGUGGGUGGACGCUGCGCAGGACGCGAAGGACUGGACGCCGUUUGCCAAGCGUCUUGCCGUUAUCGAAGGACGCUCAGACUCAGAGUGCGCCGCCACCGAAAUCAUUGCAAGGACACGAAAUGCAGUCCGCGAGGUAACGCUGUGCGACAUUUCAAAGCCCGGAGUUUUAUGCGGCCGCUCUAAGGCGGCACAGUUCGACGCCGUCAUCGCCUGCCUCUGCUUGGACAGCGGCUCAGUGAACCAGGCCGCACACGAGGCGGCAGUAGCCAACCUCACGCAGCUGAUAAAGCCAGGGGGCGUCCUCAUAGCAUGUGGGGUAACGGGAAAUCCCAGCUUCACCGUCUGCACAAAGACAUUUUCGUCGCUAAGCUCCAGCGAAGAUUUGAUAAAGAGCUCGUUCACCAAGGUGGGACUCGCCGUGGAGCGUUGGAACAGCGAGCAAGGCUUACAAAGCAUGCAGUCUUACAUCAGUUACGAAGCCACCUAUGUGAUCGUCGGACGGAAGCCAUUCAGUGAAAACGGUACGCUGGCGUAAGCCACUGAUGACGAGGAAUAGGUUCUCGCUGAGUUAUUUUUAUUCGUUCUGCUAGAUAAAAUAUAUUGGCCGGCUUCUUUUAUAUCUACAAAAACUGCUUUGCGCCGUUCA